UCCGUCAUUUGCGGUGGUCUUCUCAUCGCGGCCCAAUGAGCCAAGCAUUGCCGCUUUCGCCGGAGAGCCGUCAAGGUAUCCGGCCUGGCCGCAGUGCCAGCUUGAACCGCAGCCAAUGGACCAUGGUGCCAGAUGAUACUCCGACAUCACACCGGCCGUCGCGGCGCCGUACAGAGCAAAGCAUCACACGGAACCGGAGCCAGAUUUCACUGUUCACAGAGGAGUUGAGCCGUGGCGAGCGUCCAGAAGGAGGCAAGUCCAUGCAGCGAUCCGCCAGUGCUGUCCCUCUCGGUUCAAGAGGCAACAGCUCAGCAAGGCCAAACUGCGCUCAGCCAGGGCGUUCCAGUGAAGUUUUUAGGCCACCUCCACGACAAAGCGCAGAGGCAACCACUGCCAGCUGCGCCUCGAAAGGUCUCAGUUCAGCCAGGGGCGAUGAUUCUCUGCAGAAAGGCCCAGAGCUCACCACUGCCAGCGCGGCAAAGCGAGUGGUUACAGCUCUUGGCCGGCCAGCUGGAACCAUGAGCUCGCCAAGCAAUUUGGAUGACUGGCUCCAAAACUCUCGGAGGCAUAGACGAGAAGCGCCAAUGCACGAAACGAAUCUUGGGUUCAGGCCCUCCGCUGAAGACAGGGCUGGAGUGGCAACUCAUUGCUGGUUUCAGGAGCGAAGAGGUUCGAAGUGGUCAGGGCCUCCACCGCCCAAGCGCGCUAUGAACCGUACGCUCCAACGGGGCACACAAGUAUUGCCGAGCGGUCCGAUGAGCUUGCGCCAGGAGCAGCCAACUUCGGCGGAAUAUGGCAAGGCCUACACUCACCAUGAGUGGAAAAUGGCUGGAGUCCCGAGUCCCCAUGAACUGAACCGAGCUAUUGCACGCGAGGGAUUGUUUGGACGUGGAACCGAGGCACUCCCACGAGGGCCAAUGUUUUUGGACGGAACCACCACUCAUGACUAUGGCAAAAUGUACCGUAAGGUCGAUUGAGUGUGACCUUGACAGGACCUGACAGGAUGAUUUUGG